AGAGAGAAGCAUUGUCGAGCUUGCAGCUAUUACUCGUACACUGGAUUACACUUAAGCUUGCAUUGACGUUGCUGCCGAUACACAGACCAAUCUCGUUUGCUAAGACGAUGCCGUAUCCGAGCGUUCCUCUAAACAAAUGGUCAACUGUUGCUGCUGUCAUUACGACCCUUUCGACGACGACACACCUGAGACAAGAAUCAAGGACUUGUCGUUUGCCUUGAGGAAACUCUCGGCCAUGAAAUGUCAGAUGAGGAAGUGGAGACUCGAAAGACUCGAGCUUGAGAGUCAACUUAGAGUACUGACCAAAAUUCUUAGGGCAAACGGCGUCAAUGUGGAUACGGUGCUAAAAGUGGACCCGUUAGUGACACAUCUAAGAGCUGAGUAUCAGAAACUUGAGAACCUUAAAGCAGCACUAGAGGACGAGGUGAGAGACUUGAGGGAGACGAUUAAGGAACGCCAAUGUUUUGAGGAUGAACCUUGCAAGGCUGUGAUUUACGCGCGUGAAAAGAUGCUCGAAUUACGUGCCCGAUGCGCCACCGAGAAGAGACGGUUGCGAGAGACAAUGGGCAAUCUGCAAUUAAAACUGGAGGAGGCUUCGGCGAGGCUAACGAACGAGGUCGAUCAGCAGCAGGUGUCCGAGAAAUCGAUUGGCGAACUUUGCUCCCAACUGAAAAAGGAAAACAAACGCCUACUCGUCGAGGUCGAAACUUUAAAAAAAUUUCAGAAAUUGGAGAGUCCCAAGACUGUUGAUGUGACUAAGUUGUGUGAACGAAUGCAUGCUCUCGAGUGUGAAUUGACUCAGAUGCGACAUCAACUUGCCGAGAGGGACGCUAUGAUUCAAGAUCUAGAGAAGAGAUUGCAGACUCAACGACGUAACUCUACGCAACUUGAGAAGGUGGCUGUUAGUCAACGAGCUCUUGGUGACCAAAAUGUUGCAAUAAAAGCUAAGCAGAAGCAACAAAACGAGAUGCCUCGCUGUAAACCUCAAGCCUAGUGAUGGAU